AUGCAACAGCAGCAACCAUCAAUGAUGAAUCGGAGCUAUGGGAUUUGGCCGCCGACAAUGACAAUUGAUCAGAUGAAGUUUCAGAACCCUAAUGUUAUGAAGGGCCAUGGAUUUGUUGCCGGAGGAAAGCUGUCGAAAAACUUAGGACCUAGGAACAAUUGGAAGGGUAAAAAGGGAAUUAAGAAUGAUAAGAGGAUGGAUAGUGGGAGGAGAAAAGAAAAGGCUAUAAUGGCUUCUGGGUAUCUUAAUGGUGAUGGAAAUGUUGGAGGAUUUAGUGGUGGAUAUAAGCCACCAACACUUAAUGAAUUGCAAAAUCAGAACAGAUUAAAGGCCAGGAGAUUUUUCCCUAAGAAGAAAUUUUAUCAUAAUAAUAAUAAUAACAACAAUAUGGGUGCCCCUUUUGCUCCCAGGAACACGACGUCAUUUAUUAUUAGGGCAAAGAAGAGUGGUGGUAUUGCCUCAUUGGUGUCACCCUGUCCUGUGACUCCGGCAGUGUUGCCAACCCCAAAUUUCUCUCCGUCGAGGGAGGUAUUGGUGGAUAUGGCGAAGGAGGAGUGGGGGGUUGAUGG